CACUAUCGUGACUGUCGGAUGGGAAGGCGUUCUGUCAGGACUAGGAAUCAUGGCUGCUUUGUGCCGUGCCUCUAGAAUUCUUGGCAAGACUGUGCUUUCAACGAAAGCUCUUCCGGCGAUCGUCCAAGGAGGUGCUCGGCAGUUUCACUUUACUGUCUACGGGAAUAAGGACAAGACCGCAAAAGUUUCAAAUGCAAUAUCUACACAGUACCCAGUGGUAGACCAUGACUUUGAUGCAGUUGUUGUGGGUGCAGGCGGGGCCGGCUUGCGGGCUGCUUUUGGUUUGUCUGAGGCUGGCUUUAACACUGCCUGCAUUACAAAACUGUUUCCUACAAGAUCACACACAGUGGCUGCACAGGGUGGAAUAAAUGCAGCCCUGGGAAACAUGGAAGAUGAUGACUGGAGAUGGCAUUUCUAUGAUACAGUAAAGGGUUCUGAUUGGUUGGGAGAUCAGGAUGCAAUCCACUACAUGACAGAACAGGCUCCUGCUGCCGUUGUUGAGUUGGAAAAUUAUGGAAUGCCAUUCAGUAGAACUGAUGACGGGAAGAUUUACCAGCGUGCUUUUGGAGGACAAAGUCUGCAGUUUGGAAAAGGUGGCCAGGCCCACAGGUGCUGCUGUGUAGCUGACAGGACCGGACACUCUCUGCUGCACACGCUCUAUGGUCGGUCCUUAAGGUAUGACACCAGCUACUUUGUUGAAUAUUUUGCCUUGGAUUUACUGAUGGAAAACGGAGAGUGUAAAGGAGUGAUAGCGCUGUGCAUGGAAGAUGGGUCAAUCCACCGCUUCAGGGCAAAAAACACUGUCAUUGCCACAGGUGGAUAUGGGCGUGCCUUUUUCAGCUGUACUUCUGCCCACACCAACACAGGUGAUGGCACGGCCAUGAUAACUAGAGCAGGUUUGCCCAAUCAGGAUUUGGAGUUUGUGCAGUUUCAUCCCACAGGUAUUUAUGGGGCUGGUUGUCUGAUCACUGAAGGCUGCAGAGGUGAAGGGGGCAUCCUCAUUAACAGCGAGGGUGAGAGGUUUAUGGAGCGCUAUGCUCCUAAUGCAAAGGACCUUGCCUCUCGAGAUGUUGUAUCACGUGCUAUGACCAUUGAGAUCCGUGAAGGAAGAGGAUGUGGUCCUGAUAAAGACCAUGUCUACCUGCAGUUACAUCAUCUGCCACCUCAGCAGCUUGCCGCUCGUCUGCCAGGCAUCUCUGAGACUGCCAUGAUAUUUGCAGGUGUUGAUGUCACAAAGGAACCUAUCCCUGUCCUUCCUACUGUUCAUUACAAUAUGGGAGGAAUUCCAACAAACUACAAGGGGCAGGUCAUUACUCACCGUAAUAAUGAGGAUCAGGUUGUUCCAGGACUGUAUGCCUGUGGGGAGGCUGCGUCUGCAUCUGUUCAUGGAGCCAAUCGACUCGGUGCAAACUCCCUUCUUGAUCUGGUUGUGUUUGGUCGUGCGUGUGCUCUGAGCAUUGCUGAAUCUUGCAAGCCUGGAGAUACGCUUCCAUCUCUUAAAUCUAAUGCUGGAGAGGAAUCUGUUGCCAACCUAGAUAAAAUAAGAUAUGCCAAUGGUGACAGAAGGACUUCUGAAAUCAGACUUGACAUGCAAAAGACAAUGCAGGCCCAUGCAGCUGUGUUCCGUACAGGCCCCAUUCUUAAAGAAGGAUGUGAAAAACUGAGCGCUGUCAACAAGACAAUAGAUGACAUAAAGACAUUUGACAGAGGCAUUGUAUGGAACACUGACCUGGUGGAGGCUUUGGAACUGCAGAAUCUGAUGCUCUGUGCACUACAGACAAUCUACGGUGCUGAGGCACGCCGAGAGAGUCGUGGAGCUCAUGCCAGGGAAGAUUUUAAAGACCGUGUAGAUGAAUAUGAUUAUACAAAACCAAUACAAGGACAACAGAAGAUCCCUUUCAGUGAACACUGGAGAAAGCAUACCCUGUCCACUGUGGAUUCAAAUGGAAAGGUGACCCUUGAGUACAGGCCUGUGAUUGAUACAUCUUUAAAUGAAGAAGAGUGUUCUGCCGUCCCACCUGCUAUUCGCUCUUAUUAGACAGAAUAUAUAAAUAUAUUAAUAAAGUGUCUAUCAUUAAGUGCUUAUUUUUUUUUAAUAGCAGUUUUGACAUCUCUUUCAAUCUGUGAUUUCAAACAUAGGAUAUACCUGUAACUGUGUACUCCUGAUGUAUGUUAAAACGUUUUAUUGCUUUAAAAAAAAAGUAGACUGUAAUUGUUCUGUGCACGCAGAGUGAUUUACAUGUUGUUCCUGAUUAAAUAUAAAAUCGACAAGUAUGUUGCUACAAUCUAGAAAAACUAGAGACUGUACAAUGCAGCACAUUUAAGAGUUGACUAAAGUUGCUUGCAUAUCUGAGCUACAUUCAUGCUGUAAAUAAAAAUCACCAUUUUCCA